UCCGGACAGUCACACUUUACGGCAGGUCGUCAGAAGAGCUCGCCGGCAGACUGAUGGCUGCAGCCGAUCAGCGUCAACUACGUUAGAAACUUAAGUUUUCACUGCAGUUUUAGCGGAGUGGUGCUAUGUCUUCGGGAAUGACUGGACAAACACCGUGCCUAACCAGCCGAUGGGAUCAGCCAGCCCAGCCUAAACAGAGGAGCAGUGACAAUGCGGCCCACCCCGUCUCUUUACCAGGAGUCGUCAGCACUGCUGGUUCAAACAGCUCAGUGUCUCAGCCAACUCAACCAGGAGACAAGCCGGCGCCUCCGGGAGGAGUUGAAAUGGCUGCGGCCAUGGCUGCUAAAAUAAAUGCCAUGUUAAUGGCCAAAGGAAAGCUGUUGACUCCUCCACCCUUACUUGCAAAGACUCCUAGUGUGCCUGUGCCAGCCGCUGCAGAGGAGCUGGUGGUCACAGAGGUCGAUAUAAAUGAUGUACCGCUAACUUGCAGGGACCUUCUUACAAAAGGCAAGACGCAGGAAGAGAUCCGACAGGUCAGCGGAGCAGUCGUCUCAACAAAAGGUCAUUUCAUGACUGAUGCUGAAAAGGGAAAACCAGGACAAAGACCUUUGUAUUUGCACGUCCAGGGAAAGAACCAAGAACAAGUCAACAAGGCCGUGCUGAGGAUAAAGGAGAUCAUCUCUGAGGACCUGUUGAGAGCCUCAGCAGCAGCAGGAGGACAGCAGGUGCCUGUAAUGCCUCCAAUCACACUCUACCCUCAGCCCCCUCGCCCCGUCAUCCCCCCACCUGUGCCACGGAUGCCCAACACCAACUCAGUGCCAGGCCAGGGACAUCGGCCUGCAGCUCCUCAUACAGGGAGUUUUGUGCACACAAAGAUUUUUGUCGGUCUGGACCAGGCCUUGCCCUCGUUCAACGUGAAUGAAAAGGUUGAAGGCCCGGGAGGUUCGUACCUGAGUCACAUCCAGACAGAGACGGGGGCUCGAGUCUUUCUCAGGGGGAAAAAUUCUGGCUACAUCGAACAAGCGUCAAAACGGGAAUCUUUUGAGCCUCUUUAUGUUUACAUCAGUCACCCAAAUGCAGCCGGGUUGGAGGCGGCAAAGAAACUCACAGAGAGUCUGCUGGAAACUGUGAGAGCUGAACAUGGCCGCAUGGUGUCGAUGUACACAGCCACAGGCUCAACACAACCAUACGCAGCACAUGGAUUUCCACCUAAUAGCAAUUACUCUAGCCAGGGAUCCUGGUAUAACUACCCUGCAAAUGGGUAUGCUGGCGGCUAUUCAGCGUACCCAGGAGCCAGUGGUUAUUGGAGUAAUGCAAAUGGUCCCCCAAGUCAUUCUAACAUGUCGACAAACCCUCCAUCUUCUCAGGCAAUGGUUCAGUAUCCGGUGUGUCCUAGGAAACCGCAUCCCUAUCUCGUCCAGGAUCCUGGCAGCAGUGAGACGGUGGAGCCUGAAGGAUGUUUAAACGCCUCCGCCGACUCAGGAAGUCCCAAACGUCAUUUCCAAGGGGGGGCGAAGGUAGAACAGCCUCCUGGCAGCAGCUCUCCAGAAGUUCCUGCUCACAAAGCAUCUGAACUUCCGGCCUCCGGCGUUGCAGAGGAGAAAGUAGUAGAAAGGAUUCUGAUGCCUCCGCCGCCUCCUCUGUUUGCGGCUCCCGCUCCCGUUGCACGUAAAAGGCCAAGAGACGCGGUGACAGAAGAUCCGGCCGGUGUUCCCGCCAGCGCCGCGUCAGUGGGUGUUCAAGACGAGGCGUGCGAGAAGAAGGUUAAAGUGGACGAGGAUGCGUCGGGGCUAGUGCCCUACGGAGGAGAUUCCUCUGACGAAGAGGAGGAAAGGACACGUAGCAGUAAGACAGAUAACUCAUAACCCCCGCCCUGCCCCGCCCUCACUGCCCAGGAUACCCACAGACCCAAAAUCUACACUCAGUACGUCAACACAGGUCUCAAACUUAAACCCAUCAAGGAAAAAUCCACCCUCGCAUUGUUGUACACUGUUUAAAGACUAUACCAGUGUUUCAACCUGUUGCUAAGCAGAACAAAAUGUUUGGCUGACUAUUUUCUAAACAACAACAUGUCACACAUUUUUCCUUUACAUCCAAGUAGACGUGGUUUCCCGUUGACAUCCAGGUUGACGGUCUGUAUGGCAGUAAUGUAAAGAACAGGCUGAACGCUGGUGUAGUCCUCGGUUUAGACACCAGUUUCUGAUGUUUGGUCUGGUUUACGUUUUGCUUUGUGUCAUUAUGUUACAGUGUCAGAAAUGUCUGUCUUUAAUUCCUCACACAGCGAGUGUGAGCAUGUUGGUUUUAGUCAAAGACGGGGAGCCACAUUUACAUUUCUGCUCGCCUGUAAAGCAAAAUGUAAAUACAGAAGUUUAGAUGGCCUGCCAGCUAGAUCGUCUGUGUGCUUGUGUUUGUAGCCGCAUGAUUUGAAAUGCAACACAUCUCGUGGCUACAUGUCGUUAGGGAGGUUUCAUUAAUUGGUUUUAGGGUUGUUGUUUUUUUAAAAUCUUGUGUUAUUGAUGUCUUAAUAGAAGCCUUUCUUUUUCUUUUUCUUUUUUAAUUCUACAGGUCUGAAUCUCAAAUGUGCACUUACAUGAUCUUACACAGCAGAUACAGUGUCUGUUAACGCCACUCUAAAGCAAAAUGGCCAUUUCAAACAGUGUGGAAGUAUUCAGGGUGGAUUUUUCCUUUUUUAAAAGAUGUGAAUACAGUUGUAUAAAAAAAAACAUUUGGAUUUUCUUUCUUAAAAGACUUUUAUUUUACUUUUUCGAAGCAGCUUUUUGUAAAACAGAACCCCCUCCUAUUUCCUUUUAUUGAAUUUAAACCUGGUCUGCUGCAGUUGCUGAUGGUAUAAAUACAUAUUGUAAAAUUCAGUGAAACUUUUUCUUAUCUUGGAAAAUGGUGUAUGCCUGUUCCCAUGGAAUACUAUAAUAAAAACAACUGAAAACCCC